AUGGUCAACGGGCUUGUUAAAUGCUGCUGCGGUGUUGGAUAUGGCUCAUGCUACAUCGUUAUCGGUAUCUGGGGCAUUAUCUUUUUAGGCAUUAUGGGCGGCCUCUUCAUGAACGGACAUCAAGGUAAUGUUGGCAUUGAAUACAAGGACGAGGCUGAAAGAAAGAAAAUCGGAAAAACAAUGCUUUGGACAGUUUUAAUCUACGCUAUUCUUGUCAUCCUCUGCUCUAUCAAUGUUUUAUACCGCAUCCGCCAUCCAUGGGCUGAAGCUGUCGAUCCUAAUGCUUCAAAGAGGUUCUCUGCUAUUGGUCCUAAGAAUUUCGAGAUGACCCCACUUGGAAAGCCAGAAGAAGAGCAACCCAAGAAUGCAGUUUAUUAA